AGAGCAAUUACUUUGGCUGUCAAGGGUGUCAGUGUGACAUUGGUGGAGCACUCACCACCAUGUGUAGUGGGCCCUCGGGAGUAUGCCAGUGCAGAGAGCACGUGGAGGGGAAACAGUGCCAGAGGCCUGAAAAUAACUACUACUUCCCGGAUUUGCACCACAUGAAGUAUGAGGUCGAAGACGGCACUGGACCUAAUGGAAGAGACCUGCGGUUUGGAUUUGAUCCCCUGGUAUUCCCUGAGUUUAGCUGGAGAGGAUAUGCUCCAAUGACCUCGGUACAGAAUGAAGUAAGGGUGAGAUUGUCUGUGAGGCAGUCCAGCCUCUCCUUGUUCCGCAUCGUUCUGAGAUACAUCAGUCCUGGAAUGGAAGCCAUAUCCGGCCGAAUCACUCUUUACUCAUCGCGGGGAGAGUCCGAUGCUUUGCAAAGCAGAAAAAUCACCUUUCCCCCGAGUAAAGAGCCAGCCUUUGUCACAGUCCCUGGGAAUGGCUUUGCAGACCCAUUCUCCAUCACACCUGGGACAUGGAUUGCUUGCAUCCAGGUGGAAGGAGUCCUUCUGGACUACCUGGUGCUGCUUCCCAGGGACUACUAUGAAGCAUUCACCCUGCAAGUGCCGGUCACAGAGCCAUGUGCCCACACAGGAUCUCCCCAGGACAACUGUUUGCUUUACCAGCAUUUACCACUGACUGCCUUCUCCUGUACCCUGGCUUGUGAGGCCAGACACUUCCUGCUGGAUGGAGAGCUGAGACCCUUGGCAAUGAGGCAGCCCACACCCACACACCCAGCCAUGGUGGACCUCAGCGGGAGAGAGGUAGAACUGCAGCUACGUCUGCGGGUCCCACAGGUUGGCCACUAUGUGGUCAUGCUGGAGUAUGCCACGGAGGUGGACCAGCUUUUUGUGGUGGACAUGAACCUGAAGAGCUCAGGGUCUGCCUUGGCAGGCCAGGUGAACAUAUACAGCUGCAAGUACAGCAUCCCGUGCAGGAGUGUGGUGAUUGACAGCCGGAGGCGCACGGCUGUACAUGAGCUGUUGGCAGAUACAGACAUUCAGCUCAAGGCGCACAUGGCCCAUUUCCUUUUGUAUCACAUUUGUAUUAUACCGGCUGAAGAAUUCUCAAUUGAAUAUUUGAGACCUCAAGUCCACUGCAUUGCCACCUACGGGCAGCAUGCUAAUCCAAGUGCUUCCUGUGUCUCCCUGGCCCAUGAAACUCCUCCAACAGCCUUAAUUUUGGAUGCUACAAGUAGGGGCCUUUUCUCUGCUCUACCUCAUGAGCCUUCCUCUCCUGCAGAUGGAGUUACUCUGAAGGCACCACAGAGUCAAGUGACCCUGAGAGGACUCAUACCACACCUGGGCCGACAUGUCUUUGUCAUCCAUUUUUAUCAAGCAGAGCACCCGGGGUUUCCCACUGAGGUGAUUGUGAAUGGAGGAAGACAGUGGUCAGGUUCCUUCCUUGCCUCCUUCUGUCCCCACUUACUUGGCUGCCGGGACCAGGUGAUCUCUGGUGGCCAGGUAGAGUUGGACAUCUCUGAAGCAGAGGUAGCUGUGACAGUGAAGGUUCCAGAUGGAAAGUCCUUAACGUUGGUCCGGGUUCUAGUGGUACCUGCAGAGAAUUACGACUACCAAAUUCUUCACAAAACAACAGUGGACAAGUCCUCCGAGUUCAUCAGCAGUUGUGGAGGAGACAGCUUUUAUAUUGAUCCCCAGGCAGCCUCUGGAUUCUGUAAGAAUUCUGCAAGGUCCCUGGUAGCCUUUUACCAUAAUGGUGCCAUACCCUGUGAGUGCGACCCUGCUGGGACUGCCGGCCAUCACUGUAGUCCUGAGGGUGGCAGUGCCCUUGCCGGCCCAAUGUCAUCGGGAGGCAGUGCACCCGCUGUGCCAGGCUACUAUGGAUUCCCAUACUGCAAGCCUUGUAAUUGUGGCAGACGCCUUUGUGAAGAGGUGACAGGGAAGUGUCUCUGCCCACCCCACACAGUCAGGCCUCAGUGUGAGGUCUGUGAGAUGAAUUCCUUCAACUUCCACCCUGUGGCUGGCUGUGACGUCUGCAACUGCUCCAGGAAGGGCACCAUUGAGGCGGCCAUCUCUGAGUGUGACAGGGACAGCGGGCAGUGCAGGUGCAAGCCUAGAGUCACAGGGCAGCAGUGUGACAAGUGUGCUCCUGGCUUCUACCAGUUCCCUGAGUGUGUCCCCUGCAGCUGUAACAGAGAUGGGACUGAGCCCAGCGUAUGUGACCCAGAGACUGGGGCUUGCAUGUGCAAGGAAAAUGUGGAGGGCCCCCAAUGUCAACUGUGUCGAGAAGGAUCAUUCUACCUGGACCCAACAAACCCAAAGGGUUGUACCAAGUGCUUCUGUUUCGGAGUGAAUACUGACUGUCAGAGUUCACAUAAGCAACGAGCUAAGUUUGUAGACAUGAAGGGCUGGCGUCUGGAGACAGCAGAUGGAGUUGAUGUCCCUGUGUCCUUCAACCCUGGCAGCAACAGCAUGGUGGCAGAUCUGCAGGAGCUGCCACCCUCAGUUCACAGUGCAUCCUGGGUGGCACCUCCAUCCUACCUAGGUGAUAAGGUAUCAUCAUACGGCGGCUACCUCACCUACCACGCCAAGUCCUUUGGCUUACCUGGAGACAUGGUUCUUCUGGGAAAGCAGCCAGAUGUGCAGCUCACUGGUCAACACAUGUCCCUCAUCCAUAAGGAACCCAGCGACCCACGGCCAGACAGGCUGCAUCACGGAAGAGUGCAAGUGAUUGAGGGAAACUUCAGACACGAAGGCAACAGUGCCCCAGUGUCCCGGGAGGAGCUGAUGACUGUGCUGUCCAGACUGGAAAGACUCCACAUCCGGGGCCUCCACUUCACUGAGACACAGCGGCUCACCUUGGGUGAGGUAGGGCUGGAGGAGGCCUCUGACACGGGAAGCGGACCUAGGGCUCAUCUUGUGGAGAUGUGUGCCUGUCCCCCUGACUACACAGGUGACUCAUGCCAGGGUUGUCGCCCUGGAUACUAUCGGGACGACAAAAGCUUACCUGUAGGAAGGUGUGUUCCCUGCAAUUGCAACGGACAUUCAAAUAGAUGCCAGGAUGGCUCCGGGAUAUGCAUUAACUGUCAGCACAACACAGCUGGGGAGCACUGUGAGCGUUGCCAAGCAGGUCACUAUGGAAAUGCCAUCCACGGAUCUUGUAGGGUCUGCCCCUGCCCUCAUACCAACAGUUUUGCCACCGGCUGUGCUGUGGAGGGCGGAGCUGUGAGGUGUGCCUGCAAACCCGGAUACACAGGAACACAGUGUGAGAGGUGUGCACCAGGAUAUUUUGGGAACCCCCAGAAAUUUGGAGGUAGCUGCCAGCCAUGCAAUUGUAACAGCAAUGGCCAGUUAGGUCCUUGUGACCCCCUAACUGGAGACUGUGUAAACCAAGAACCCAAAGAUGGCAGCCCUGCAGAAGAAUGUGAUGACUGCGACAGCUGUGUGAUGACGCUCUUAAAUGACUUGGCCUCCAUGGGUGAGGAACUCCGCCUGGUGAAGUCAAAGCUGCAGGGGCUGAGUGUGAGCACGGGUGCUCUGGAACAGAUCCGGCACAUGGAGACGCAGGCCAAGGACCUGAGGAACCAGCUGCUUGGCUUCCGUUCUGCCACCUCAAGUCAUGGGUCCAAAAUGGAUGGCCUGGAAAAAGAACUGAGUCAUUUGAACCGGGAAUUUGAAACUCUGCAAGAAAAGGCACAGGUCAAUUCCAGAAAAGCACAAACAUUAUAUAACAACAUUGAUCAGACAAUCCAAAGCGCCAAAGAAUUGGACCUGAAGAUUAAAAACAUCGCUCAGAAUGUGCACAUUCUCCUGAAGCAGAUGGCUAGGCCAGGUGGAGAAGGCACGGACUUGCCAGUGGGCGACUGGUCCAGGGAGCUGGCCGAAGCUCAACGCAUGAUGCGAGACCUGCGAAGCCGAGACUUUAAAAAGCACCUCCAAGAAGCAGAGGCCGAGAAAAUGGAAGCCCAGCUCUUACUGCACCGGAUCAGGACCUGGCUGGAAUCCCACCAGGUGGAGAACAACGGACUGCUAAAGAAUAUUCGGGACUCCUUAAAUGAUUAUGAAGACAAACUUCAGGACUUGCGUUCCAUCCUCCAGGAGGCAGCUGCCCAGGCAAAGCAGGCCACUGGCAUCAACCAUGAAAAUGAGGGGGUUCUCGGAGCCAUCCAGAGACAAAUGAAAGAAAUGGAUUCCCUGAAGAAUGACUUCACCAAGUACCUGGCCACAGCAGACUCUUCCCUGCUGCAGACCAACAAUCUACUGCAGCAGAUGGACAAAAGCCAGAAGGAAUAUGAAAGCUUAGCUGCUGCUUUAAAUGGAGCAAGACAGGAACUGAGUGACAGAGUGCGAGAACUGUCCAGAUCGGGUGGCAAAGCACCACUGGUGGUGGAGGCAGAGAAGCAUGCACAGUCUUUACAGGAGCUGGCAAAGCAGCUGGAAGAGAUAAAGAGAAACACCAGUGGGGAUGAGCUGGUGCGUUGUGCUGUGGACGCUGCCACGGCCUAUGAGAACAUCCUCAAUGCCAUCAGAGCAGCAGAGGAUGCAGCCAGCAAGGCCACCAGUGCCUCCAUGUCUGCCUUCCAAACAGUGAUAAAGGAAGACCUUCCAAAAAGAGCUAAGACCCUGAGUUCUGACAGCGAGGAACUGUUAAAUGAAGCCAAGAUGACACAGAAAAGGCUACAGCAAGAAGUCAGUACAGGUCUCAACAGCCUACAGCAAACCCUGAAGACUGUAUCAGUUCAGAAGGACCUGCUAGAUGCCAACCUCACUGUUGCCCGUGAUGAUCUUCAUGGGAUACAGAGAGGUGAUAUCAACAGUGUGGUGAGCGGUGCAAAGAGCAUGGUCAGGGAAGCCAACGGAAUAACAAGCGAGGUUCUGGACGGGCUCAACCCAAUCCAGACAGAUUUGGGAAGGAUUAAGGACAGCUAUGAGAGCGCACGGCAUGAAGACUUCAGCAAGGCUCUGGUCGAUGCCAAUAACUCAGUAAAGAAAUUAACCAAGAAGUUGCCUGAUCUUUUUAUCAAGAUUGAAAGUAUCAACCAACAGUUGCUGCCCCUGGGGAACAUCUCUGACAAUGUGGACCGAAUCCGAGAACUCAUUCAGCAGGCCAGAGAUGCUGCAAACAAGGUUGCAAUUCCCAUGAGGUUCAAUGGUAAAUCUGGUGUCGAAGUCCGACUGCCGAAUGACCUAGAAGAUUUAAAAGGAUACACAUCUCUGUCUUUGUUUCUCCAAAGACCUGACUUACGAGAGAAUGGAGGCACUGAGGAUAUGUUUGUAAUGUACCUUGGGAAUAAGGAUGCCUCCAAGGACUACAUUGGCAUGGCGGUUGUAGAUGGCCAGCUGACAUGUGUGUACAACCUGGGGGACCGAGAGGCUGAAGUUCAGAUAGACCAGGUCCUGACGGAGAGUGAGUCUCAGGAGGCAGUUAUGGACCGGGUGAAGUUCCAGAGAAUAUAUCAAUUUGCCAAGCUUAAUUACACCAAAGAAGCCACAUCUACUAAACCCAAAGCCCCUGGGGUCUAUGACAUGGAGAGCACCAGUAGCAACACACUCCUUAAUUUGGAUCCAGAGAAUGCGAUAUUUUACGUCGGUGGUUAUCCACCUGGUUUUGAGCUUCCGCGCAGACUGCGGUUCCCUCCAUACAAAGGCUGUAUCGAGCUAGAUGACCUCAAUGAAAACGUUCUAAGCCUGUACAAUUUCAAGACAACUUUCAACCUCAAUACCACGGAAGUAGAGCCUUGCAGGAGGAGAAAGGAAGAGUCGGACAAAAAUUACUUUGAAGGUACAGGCUAUGCUCGCAUUCCUACUCAACCCAAUGCUCCCUUCCCAAACUUCAUGCAGACCAUCCAAACUACCGUGGACAGAGGUUUACUGUUCUUCGCAGAAAACCAGGAUAACUUCAUAUCUCUGAAUAUAGAAGACGGCAAUCUCAUGGUAAAAUACAAACUAAAUUCAGAGCCACCCAAAGAGAAAGGAAUUCGAGACACCAUCAACAACGGGAGAGACCACAUGAUUUUAAUCUCAAUUGGAAAAUCACAAAAGCGAAUGCUGAUAAAUAUGAAUAAACAUAGUAUAAUAAUUGAAGGGGAAAUAUUUGAUUUCAGCACAUAUUAUUUGGGAGGAAUUCCAAUUGCAAUCAGAGAAAGGUUUAACAUCUCAACGCCUGCUUUCCAAGGCUGCAUGAAGAAUCUGAAGAAAACCAGUGGGGUUGUCAGGUUGAAUGAUACAGUGGGUGUAACCAAAAAGUGCUCGGAAGACUGGAAGCUUGUGCGAACCGCCUCGUUCUCCAGAGGAGGACAGAUGAGUUUUACAAACUUGGACGUGCCCUCACUUGACCGCUUCCAGCUCUCCUUUGGGUUUCAGACCUUUCAACCCAGCGGUACACUACUAAACCAUCAGACACGGACAAGUAGCCUACUGGUCACCCUGGAAGAUGGUCAUAUUGCGUUGAGCACCAGGGACAGCAGCAGCCUGAUUUUCAAGUCUCCAGGGACCUACAUGGAUGGUUUACUUCAUCAUGUAUCUGUAAUAAGCGACACCUCAGGCCUGCGCCUUCUCAUCGAUGACCAGGUUCUGAGAAGAAACCAAAGGCUCUCUAGCUUCUCUAAUGCCCAGCAGUCGCUCAGCAUGGGAGGCGGUUAUUUCGAGGGUUGUAUCAGCAAUGUUUUUGUCCAAAGGAUGUCACAGAGUCCAGAAGUCCUGGAUAUGGCCAGCAAGUCUACUAAGAGGGAUGCAUUCCUAGGAGGCUGCAGUUUAAACAAGCCACCUUUUCUUAUGUUGUUUAAAAGUCCCAAGGGAUUUAACAAGGCCCGGAGUUUCAAUGUCAAUCAGCUGUUGCAAGAUGCACCUCAGGCUGCAAGGAGCAUAGAGGCUUGGCAAGAUGGGAAGUCCUGCCUACCACCUCUGAACACCAAGGCCACUCACAGAGCCCUGCAGUUUGGGGACAGUCCUACCAGCCACUUGCUAUUCAAGCUUCCCCAGGAGCUGCUGAAACCCAGGUUACAGUUUUCUUUGGACAUACAGACAACUUCCUCCAGAGGGCUAGUGUUUCACACAGGCACCAGGGACUCCUUUGUGGCUCUCUAUCUCUCAGAAGGCCAUGUCAUCUUUGCCUUGGGGGCAGGAGGGAAGAAAGUGAGACUCAGAAGCAAAGAGAGAUACCACGACGGGAAGUGGCACACGGUGGUGUUUGAACUGAGUGGAAGAAAGGCGCGCCUGGUGGUGGAUGGACUAAGGGCCCAGGAAGGCAGUUUGCCUGGAAACUCUACCAUCAGCCCCAGAGAACAGGUUUACCUGGGGUUGUCACCAUCAAGAAAGUCAAAGAGCCUCCCCCAGCACAGUUUUGUGGGGUGUCUGAGGAACUUCCAGUUGGACUCAAAACCCCUGGAUUCCCCCUCUGCGAGGUCUGGGGUAUCUCCCUGCUUGGGUGGCUCUUUGGAGAAAGGCAUUUAUUUCUCCCAAGGAGGAGGUCACGUGGUCCUAGCCAAUUCCGUGUCCUUGGGGCCAGCACUUACGCUCACUCUCAGCAUUCGCCCACGAAGUCUUACUGGGGUCUUGAUCCACAUCGCAAGUCAAUCUGGAGAGCACUUAAGUGUCUACAUGGAGGCAGGGAAGGUCACAACCUCUAUGAACAGUGAGGCAGGUGGGACCGUGACAUCAAUUACACCGAAGCGAUCUCUGUGUGAUGGACAAUGGCACUCGGUGGCAGUCUCCAUUAAACAGCACACGCUGCAUCUGGAACUGGAUACAGACAAUAGCUACACAGCUGGGCAGCUUUCCUUCCCACCGAACAGCACCCGAGGGUCACUACACAUUGGAGGCGUCCCAGACAAAUUGAAAAUGCUUUCACUCCCUGUGUGGAACUCAUUUUUUGGCUGUCUGAAGAAUAUUCAAGUAAACCACAUCCCUGUCCCCAUCACAGAAGCCACAGAAGUCCAAGGUUCUGUCAGCCUGAAUGGCUGCCCUGACCACUAACUCUACCCAGCAAGAGAAGUCACCUUUGGGAGCACUCCUCCCCCAUUCGAAGCCAUCAAGCUGUCAUAGCACACAGUGCUGUACAGAUCUCUCUCUGUCUUUCAGUGACACACAUGCAUUUUAUAUCAAAAUCUCAUUUCAUGAAGAAAAUGAGCAAAUUGUUAUUCAAACAUUCACACAACACUUUAGUUACUAUUAUUUUUUCCACUAAGAAUUAUGUGCCUUUUAGAGAACUUUUUUCCCCCCAAUCGCUAAAAAGAACAUCUUGUUUAGAGCACUUUAUGAAUACAACACUUUAAAACAUGUUAAA